AUGGCGAAGACCGACGAUGCUAGAGAUGAAAUUCGGUCUUUUCGCCAACUUUCGAGGGAACCGUUACAUGAAGCAUUCACUCGAUUCAAGGAAUUGAUCCGGAAGUGCCUACAUCAUCAAAUCGAAAGGUGGGAGUUGGUUAAAUGCUUCGUGGGGGGUUUAGAUGAUGAGACGUGGAACCGCCUUGAAUCGGCCAGUAAUGGAACUCUAUUAAGCAAUCACGAGGAUGACGAUUGGGAGUUCCUAGAAAGAAUGAGUAAAAGGUCAAAAGCGAAAGAGUCAGCUGAUCGAGCCAAAAAGCACCCCACCUCAAGGUCUUGGCCCGAUCGUGAUGUGAAUUCUAAGGAUCGAAUUGAAACGUUAGAGCGGGAGUUGGCUUGCAUGAAGAAAAGAGAAGUGAAUGCGGUGCAAUACGCCGUAUGUGAGGAAUGCGGAGACAUCGGUCACCGGACCGAGAAUUGUCAAGCCACCGUGGAGGUGAAUCAAGUGUAUGGGGACCGAAGGCAAUAUGACAUGAACUCCAACACUUAUCACCUCGGGUUGAGGAACCAUCCUAACUUUAGGUAUGGUAAUUUCUCCAACCAAAUGAACCCGAAUUUCCAAUCGGGAAAUCAAGGUGGGUAUUCGCACCAAACUCGCCAAAGAGGUUACAACCAAGAUGGUCACGGGUCGACGAAUAAUCAAGGAGGUGGUGGUGAUUUGAAUGCAAAGAUAGAUGUAAUGCUUUCAAUGAUGCAAAAGUCCAAGAAAGAGAAUGAAAUUCGGGACAAAUCGCAUGAAGCAUUAGCAAAACAAGUGGGCCAACUUGCGGAGGAAAUGGCUCAAAUGAGGGGAAGCAUGGGAAAGCUCCCAGGUGACACUACAGUGAACCCGAAGCAUCAAGGUUCAAACACAAGCAACGUGAGGAAUGCUCGCGUUAACGCGGUAAGUAUUCUUUUAAAUGAUGAAGUUUGUAGUGUUGAAAGCAUUCCACCACCACAAUUAGUUGAUGGUGUAGUGGAAAAUAUAAAUGAUGAGCUGGAAAUUGAAAAGGAACAAGAAACGACUUCACAAAGUAAAAUUGAAAAUGUAACUAAAAAAUCUUUUUGUGAAAAUUGUUUAAAUCAACUUAACCCGAUUAAUGUAUCAAAAUUUGAAGAACGUUGCCCACCAAAGGACGAGAGGUGGGAAAAUUUUAAACAAGCAAAAAUUAAUUUACCAUUACUCGAUGACAUUAAAAAGGUUCCGGCUCAUGUGGAAUGCUUAAAGGAGUUAAGCAUCGAAAAACGGCACAACAAAUUACCCGAACCGGUUGAUUUGAUAUCUCAUGUUAGUGUCGUUCUAUCGAGUGCCCUUCCUCAAAAAGCUCAAGAUUCGGGAGACUCUCUUAUUACAAUUCAAAUUGGAACCUUCAAAAUUGAGAGGGUGCUCCUCGAUCUUGGAGCUUGUGUGAGCAUUUUACCCGGGAACUCCCACGCAUCCAAGGGGGUGGUGGAGGAUGUGACUGUUAAGGUGGAUGAUUGCUACUACCCAGUUGACUUUUUGGUAGUAGACUAUGUUGGGUGUGUUGAGGACACCCAACUGGUAGUUAUCUUGGGUAGACCGUUCUUGGCAACUGCUAAUGCCAUAAUAAAUUGUGCAACGGGAACGGUAAGCAUGAAGUUUGGGGUCCGGGAAUUAAAUUUAAAUUUUUUUCCAAAUUUCACUAACCCGCUCGGUGAGGAUAAGUUUCCUAAAAAGGACAUGAAUCCAAACAAAAAGGUGUGUGCUAUGGUUGGUAGGUUUGGAGAAAUAAGGAAGAAAAUGGUCAAGAAAAAGAAGGCGAAAAAGUCACCUCUAGAAAAGAAGAAGGAAGAGGAGGUGAGGAAGUUUAGACCGUUUGGCAACAAAUGGUAUGAAUCACCGGUGGGUGAUUUCGAGGAGUUUGUAGGCGGAAAGCAUGACAUUCGACCACCAUGA